ACGAUGGACACAAGAGCUCUUUGCAGAUCGAUCUCUGAAGCUCUGCGUGUGGGUGGGGAAUUGUGGUUAUGAUGACUGUCCAGUAACACCUCCAUCCACGGCCCUCCUCCAGGAUUCAUCCCUGCUUCAAGUCGGCGCUUCUUCCCAGCUCCCAUGGGGACCACCGAAGCCACGCUCCGGAUGGAAAACGUGGAUGUGAAGGAAGAAUGGCAAGAUGAAGCUCUGCCCAGGCCACUCCCGGAAGAGACAGGGAUGGACUUGCUUGGCAGCCCCACGGAAGACACAUCCUCCCCUCCCAACACGCUGAACUUCAAUGGGGCUCACCGUAAGCGAAAGACACUGGUGGCCCCCGAGAUCAACAUUUCCCUGGACCAGAGCGAGGGCUCCCUGUUGUCCGACGACUUCCUGGACACCCCUGAUGACCUGGAUAUCAACGUGGAUGACAUCGAGACCCCCGAUGAGACCGACUCGCUGGAGUUCCUGGGGAACGGCAAUGAGCUGGAGUGGGAAGAUGACACCCCUGUGGCCGCUGCCAAGAACAUGCCUGGGGACAGCGCGGACCUGUUUGGGGAUGGCUCAGGGGAGGAUGGCAGUGCCGCCAAUGGGCGUCUGUGGCGGACAGUGAUUAUUGGAGAACAGGAACACCGCAUCGACCUGCACAUGAUCCGGCCCUACAUGAGGGUGGUGACCCACGGAGGGUACUACGGCGAAGGUCUCAACGCCAUCAUCGUCUUUGCCGCCUGCUUCCUCCCAGACAGCAGCUCCCCCGACUACCACUACAUCAUGGAGAACCUCUUCCUGUACGUCAUCAGCAGUUUGGAGCUCCUCGUGGCUGAGGAUUACAUGAUCGUGUACCUGAAUGGUGCCACGCCCCGACGGCGAAUGCCCGGCAUCGGCUGGCUGAAGAAGUGCUAUCAGAUGAUUGACAGGAGAUUGCGGAAAAACCUGAAGUCCUUAAUCAUUGUCCACCCGUCCUGGUUCAUCCGCACCGUGCUGGCCAUCUCCCGCCCAUUCAUCAGCGUCAAGUUCAUCAACAAGAUCCAGUACGUGCACAGCUUGGAAGAUCUGGAGCAGCUCAUCCCCAUGGAGCACGUGCAGAUCCCAGACUGUGUGCUACAGUAUGAAGAGGAAAGGCUCAGGGCCAGGAGAGAAAGCGCGAGGCCACAGCCAGAGUGCGUCCUGCCCAGGUCUGAAGAGAAGGCGGAGGCGGGGCUGGCGGAGGACAGGUCUGCUCUGGGCACAGAAGAUCAGGAAACAAGAAUGGCCCCUGCAGCCCUGGGCACUGGCCUGGAAGCUCAGCCCCCACGCCCAGCAGCGCCAUGCCGCCCCCACCCCUGGGCACUGUCCAGCCUUCGAGCUCACGGCUUUUCCUUUGAACGCCCCAUCCACCCCCCCACCACCAAUAAGUCUCGCCUUCUUAGGGAGCAUCGGAGCCACAGUGCCAGUGAGGGCUGCUGA